AUGGCACUAAUUUCUGAUGGUUUUCUAAUGGUUGGAUUCAGUCCAGUUGCCUCUGUUAUAGCUGAUGCAUUUAAUUGUGAAAAAAUUAUAGUUGACGCUCAAUGUCUCACAUUUUUAGUGAUGUUUGUUCCUUGUAAUUUCUUAGUCAUCUAUGCACUUAAUAAACAUGGCUUGAGAUUUUGCGUAAUUAUUAUUUCAGUUAACUAUUAGUUAUUAAUUGGUGCGGUUCUAAGUAUUAUUGGUUGCUGGUUGAGAUUACUUGUUCAAAUUUCUGGAAAUAUUUACUUAAUGUUUCCAGGCACAAUUUUAUGUUCAAUGGCUUAAGUAUUUUUCCUAAACACUGGGAGUAGACUUGCUACUGUCUGGUUUGGAGACAAGGAAAGAGCUCUAGCAACUGCUGUCGGAGGACUGUCACUGCCAAUAGGGUGCGUUUUGGGGUUUAUAGUCCCUGCUCUUUUCUUUGGAGGUGAAGGAGAUAAACAAAAAGUUUUUUACAAAUAUAUUCUAGUUCAAAACAUCAUAGUAACUGUGUUAAGCCUUCCAAUUAUUUUUGUAGCAAAGGAUAAGCCAAGUUUACCUCCAUCCAUAUUUGGAGCAACAUUUAUUUUCUUUGGAGUGGUAGGAUCCUUUAUUUUUGGAAUUUUACUUGAUAAAUAUGCAAAGUAUAAGCUAGUUACAAACCUUAUUUCAUCCUUAGCAUGUCUUUCUUUAGCACUUGCAUUUUGGACUCUUCCCUCUUCAAACGUUAUCCUAUUAACAGUAAAUCUCGCAUUUAUUGGAUUCUUUAUUACUCCAAUCAUCCCAAUAGGCUAUGCUUUUGCAGUUGAGUUGACAUUUCCUGUACCUGAAUCCAUUUCAAAUGGAAUGAUGAACAUGGUUUGCUAAAUUUAUGGCUCAGCAAUGGGAGCUUUCUCCUCACACAUCAGUUCGUCAGAUGGCAAAACUGGUCCAAUUAUUGUGAUAGGAAUAUUUCUAAUUACGUGCAUGAUAGGCUCAAUAUGCACCUUUUUCAUUAAAGAAGAUUUAAAGAGACUUAAUCCAGAAAUAAAAAAUCAAUUUAAUACUUAUGUCAGUACAGACAUCACAAUAACUUGA